CCACAAUUCCGUUUUGCUUGCAUGCAUGUACCUAAGUACAUAACCAACCUAUCCACAUGCAUCCCCACUUAAAGGCACGGCGUUCACGGUUCUACACCUGAACCACUGAACCAUGUACCUAUUGAAUUAACCUACCUAAAGCUUCGCUUCCAUUCAAGCAGCGCAUCUCUUCAACCCCCGUCGCAAAUGGUCGACAGAUAAAAAAAACCACCACCAAACAUGUCGUAUUAUUUCGCCAUCGUCGGCACGCAAGAUAACCCGCUGUUCGAGUAUGAAUUCGGGACGUCGAAGCAGGGCGGCGACGGCCAGCCGCAUUUCACCGAGCAGGCCCGCCAUAUGAACCAGUUCAUCGUGCACAGCAGCCUGGACAUCGUCGAGGAGGUCCAAUGGGGAGGCGGUCAGAUGUACCUCAAGUGCGUCGACAAGUUCUUCAACAACUACGUGUCUUGCUUCAUAACCGGCGGCAACGUCAAGUUCCUCCUGCUGCACCAGCCGACCAUGCCCGUCUCCACGACGUCCACCCGAUCUUCUACGUCGAUAGGCGCGAACCCGAUGAGUCCCCAGACCGAGGAGGCCAUCAAGAACUUCAUGCUCGAGGUCUACGAGAAUUGGGUUAAGGCUAUCAUGAGCCCUUUCUACCGCGUGAAUAUGGAGGUCCGCAGCCCGGUAUUUAGACAAAGGGUUGCUGCGGCUGGAAGGAAGUAUCUAUGAUUCGGCAUAACAGGGCAGACACCUGCAUAAGACGAUUGUAAUGUAAUCAUGCAUGGCGUUGGGAGUUUAGAUCGGUCAUGGCAUGAGGUACUCUAGAGAUUUGCCUCAUACCUAGGUGCUUUUUAGAUUUUUGGAAUAGGUACUGUUUCAGUUAUUCCACAACAUUUAUCAUCACAUCAAGCAUCCAGACAUAAAAGAGUGAGUUUACGGCAAAGCAUAAUGCAAUGCAAGUAUAUUCAGCAUGCCGUAGCACGAUCCGAGGCUAUCUUGUCCUUAAGACGCC